AUGCGUUUGAAACUAAAUAGGCUGAAAACGAAUCUAGCCGAAGCUGAAAAACUUAGCUGUAUGGUCGAAUCAAAAAUAACAAUGGCUAAUGAUCAAGCUGACAAAUCUGUCUCUGAAAUCAAAUUUAUUCAAAAGAGCCUUGUCAAAAUAAAAAAGCAGAAUAAGAACAUUCAGCAGUACAUAAACGCCUACUCAGUGCCAGAAGUCAUUGAGUAUGCCAAGUUCAUUGAGAAUCUCCAACCUCUGGAAAGGCAGAUCAAACAUUUCUCGAGGAAGAUCGACGUUAAAAAUGCAGAUCACACGAAAAAUAAGGCACUACUUAACUUAUAG